AUGCCCGUGCCGGGGUCACGGCACGACCUCGUCGUCAACGCCAAAAUCAACAACAUGAUCGCCAUGCCCCUUUACACCCAUCCGAAUGCACAAUGCAUCAGCAGCGACGACGCCGACGCCGACGCCGUCGUGAACAAAGUCAAGACCAUAGUCACGCAUCUAGCACAUUGCCUCCUCGAGCCACGACGGACCUUGCGUCGGCAGAUGCCGGCCCGGCCUUAUCCGAGAACAUUAUCAAUCGCGUUUUGCGGGACCUGCGCACGGCACAGCUCGUGGCUAUGGCACGGGGCAGUGCCGUUGCGACGCACGCUGUGA